GCAGUCGACUCAAUAGCGAUGGACAAACUAGUGAGAUUUGGGAAGCAGUUACUGAGGGUCAAGGUGGUGGACUGUAACACAGAGGAUUCCCGCCUGUCGAGAUGCCUCAACACAUUGGACCUAGUGGCACUGGGAGUGGGGAGCACGCUGGGGGCUGGUGUCUACGUCCUCGCGGGUGCUGUUGCCAGGGAGAAUUCAGGUCCCGCCAUCGUACUGUCUUUCCUGAUAGCAGCUUUAGCAUCAGUCCUAGCCGGCUUGUGCUAUGCUGAAUUCGGAGCUCGUGUUCCCAAGACGGGCUCGGCUUAUCUUUACUCUUAUGUGACUGUCGGGGAACUCUGGGCCUUCAUAACUGGAUGGAACCUCAUCCUCGCUUAUAUCAUCGGCACGGCGAGUGUGGCCAGAGCAUGGAGCGCUACCUUUGAUGAAUUAAUAGGGAAGCGGAUAGAGGAGUUCUGCCGAGGGUACAUGCACAUGAAUGCGCCGGGAGUACUGGCGGAAUACCCUGAUUUAUUUGCUGUUGUCAUUAUUAUCACCCUCACGGGUCUGUUGGCAUUUGGAGUGAAAGAAUCUGCGAUGGUCAACAAGGUUUUUACAUGUAUCAACAUGCUUGUCCUGUUGUUCAUGGUGGUCUCUGGCCUUGUCAAAGGUACUUUGAAGAAUUGGUACCUGGACCCUGAUGAAAUCCUACAUGCCAGUAAUAGUAGUAACUCAAGUUACAAUUUUACAGACAUCUUACCAACAAGAGAGGAACUUGGUGUUGGUGGCUUCAUGCCAUUUGGUUUCACAGGCGUCCUGUCUGGAGCUGCUACCUGUUUCUAUGCUUUCGUUGGAUUUGACUGCAUAGCAACCACAGGAGAAGAAGCAAAGAACCCCCAGCGAGCCAUCCCAAUCGGCAUUGUGUCGUCACUGCUCAUCUGCUUUGUGGCGUACUUCUGCGUUUCGGGUGCACUCACUCUCAUGAUGCCUUACUACCUGCUCGACAGCAAUAGCCCCCUGCCGGUCGCUUUUAAGUAUGUGGGCUGGGAUGGAGCCAAAUAUGCCGUGGCUGUCGGCUCCCUUUGUGCACUGUCCACAAGUCUACUGGGCUCUAUGUUUCCAAUGCCCCGUGUCAUCUGGGCUAUGGCUGACGACGGGCUGCUUUUCCAGUUCUUGGCCAAGAUCAGCCCGCGCAGCAAAACCCCGCUAACUGCAACCCUCACCUCAGGCAUGGUGGCAGCUAUCAUGGCAUUUCUGUUCGACCUGAAGGAUUUGGUGGACUUAAUGUCCAUAGGUACACUGCUGGCCUACACAUUAGUAGCUGCCUGUGUCUUGGUACUAAGAUACCAACCUGAGCAGACAGGUGUAAUGUAUCAGAUGGCUAACAUGCACGAGGAGAUGGAGCAGAACGAUGGCAGUAUGGGAAUCCUACCCGGCGUGGAGGAGACCUUCCGCUUUAAGACGUUGCUGUUCCCCGACAACCUUGAGCCGUCCUCCCUUUCAGGCUUCACGGUCAACAUCUGUGCCUCUAUUAUGGGCCUGCUGAUCCUACUGUUCAGUGCAUUGGCAGUCCAGGGAGGCUCAGCUACGUGGAACGUUGUGUUUCUCAGUAUCAUCUUCAUCAUGUGCCUCCUCCUCACUUGUAUUGUCUGGAGACAGCCGCAGAGCAAAACAAAGCUCUCUUUUAAGGUUCCGCUGCUUCCCAUUCUGCCGGUGAUCAGCAUGUUUGUUAACGUCUACCUGAUGAUGCAGCUGGACAGAGGCACUUGGAUACGGUUUUCGGUUUGGAUGGUUUUAGGUUUAAUGAUCUAUUUCUGCUACGGCAUCCAUCACAGCGCCGAGGCGACGGCGUCCCGUUCGUCUCCCGAUACGGAGAUGAACGGCUUCAAGCGUGAUUCAGUUUCCACGACGCCCGAAAAGGAGGCCUUCCUUUACAAUGGCAUCGAGGUCAGGGAGGACGACGACGGAGAAUUGUAG